GUACACGAGCGCCUGGCCCGGGCUCCGCCGGUUUUUUAAUCUUAUAUCAGCUUUAAUCUGCUAAAAAUAAAUCCCCGCGCUCCGUAACCCCAGUGUCACACGAUGGCCACCAACCGCACUCCCGUGCUGCGGCGGAACAGCUCCAAGCUAAUUGUCUUCGUUAUCAUUUUAAUAGUCACGUUGUUCCUUGUCUACAAUAAGGAAGACAAAAAACACGAAACUGACUCACCAAAUGCCGUUACGCGGCUUGAACUUUUACGGAGCAAGAAAGGGUUUCUUCAUAAAGAUGAGUUUGACAAAGAGUAUCCGUUAUUGCUCGUUAAUGAACAGCUGGUGGUGUGUUUCGAAAACAGCACGGACUCACGAAAGCUUCCAUACGUAACGGACAGUCCUGAAGCGACCGAUGAACCGAGCACUACGCAACGGCUGCUGCGACGUCGUUUAUUUCCAGCGGCGCUUCGAUCGAAAGGAGAGGUUCCUAUGAUCUACUUUGUCACUCCAACUUACCCGAGGCGUGAACAAAUUGCGGAAAUCAUUCGUCUUGGCCAAACGCUUAUGCAUGUGCCGUACCUGCACUGGAUUGUGGCCGAUGAUACGGACACCUGCAGCCAAACGUUGAACAAUCAUCUAAAGCAAUUUGGCAUUCCUUACACACAAAUUGCCAGCCCCAUGCCGGAAGUUUAUCGGGCCCGGAAGAACGCUCCCCGGGGAGUCGCAAACCGACGGGCGGCCCUCAACUGGAUACGGGCGAACGGGAAGAAGAGUGGGGUGCUGUACUUUGGUGACGAUGACAACACGUUCGAUUUGAAGCUUUUUAGUGAAAUUCGGUACACCAAGAAGGUGUCCAUGUUCCCGGUGGGCUUGAUCGGAGAUUAUGCUGUCAGUACACCGAUCGUGCGAAAUGGACGUGUGGAGGGUUUCUUCGAUUCGUGGCCAGCAAAGCGCAAGUGGCCCGUCGAUAUGGCGGGAUUUGCCGUUAAUCUGGAGUACCUGGCGCACAGCCCGAACGCAACCAUGCCGUUCAAGGCGGGCUAUGAAGAGGACGAGUUUCUCAAGAGCAUUGGCCUAAAACUGCAGGACAUCGAACCGAAGGCCAACAAUUGCACCGAAAUUCUCGUGUGGCACACACAAACCAAGAGUAGCAAGUCGCCCACCGUACGAAUCUCUAUGGACCGGCAGAAGCUAGAUAAGGUGAACCUUGGCUGGCUACUGAAACAGCUCGAAACUAUGGGUGUCAAUCAUAUCAGUGAAUCGGAAGGCACAACUGCACAGGCAAUCGUGGAUGGGAGCGUAAAACCACUAUCAUUUUGGUUCAGCUAAUUGCUGGUCACAGCGCCACUACCAUGUAAGGCCAUCACAGUUUUAAAGGAUCUCUGAGACUCAUUGCUGUGCACCACAAUUCAAUAUUUCUCCACUAUUUUAUGGUUUAACGUCAUAGGUGUGUUUUGAAACUGGACCGACGAUCUUUGUUUUUCUGAAUGCACAGUUUGUAAUCUGCACUGUAAAAUGGUUCCCAUCAUAAUUGUUUUGUUUGACUGUGAAGGCGUUGCCUCUCCCAAAUGAACUAUUCAUUUACGUGUGUUGUUUUAGCUUAUAAAGCAAACGAUUCCCUCAUGCCAAAUAUUAAUGCUUGUCCUAAGCUGCUCUCCGACAGACGAAUUACAAUCGAUGAAGUCGUACAGUGCAAAUCAUCGCCAAGCGAACAAAUAACUUAGUUGAUUGACCACAGUCAAAGAACGGAGCACGAAGCAUCAAGCUUGGAGGAAGAUGGUCCAUGUCACAUCAUAUUCAGACAUGAUAAGCACAAGAAUUACCAACAAAACAAUCGUGGUUAGUAAGCGAUAUUUAAUGGCAAAUUAACAAUUUAGCUCCUUCAAGUACGGUAUCGCUUUAAAGACACGCCCGUGUGAUAGUUCAACUGCUGCGCGAUAACAGGAUGUUUUGUGAAUGAUUUGCUUCCAAUAUUUGUUAACUCUAUGCAUCAUCUCACGACAUCCACUCCAACAAAUGACACUGGCGGAAAAGAAACUUAUUUUAGCAUUAGGAAAACCCUGUCUCCAUUAGAAUACUUGACUACGAUGCACAACCCACAAUAGGAGAAACAAUCAUGUGAUCAUGGCAAAACGUGUGAGGAGCUUUGUUCAUCGCUUUAUCUUGGAUAAGUUAUUGUUUUACAGCAUAUCAAUUAGAUAGUUUUUCCCCUCCCCGGCAAAAGGUGUGAUUUGUUUGGAAGGCGUAGAGCCGUUUUAAGAAAAUAUGAAUCUGAUCUUAACAUAAGACGUUAUUAAACUUAUGCGGCACUCACGAUAUGUGUUAUCGGUUUAUAAUUAUGGAUCAGUGGGCAACGAAGAACGCAACUUUCUUUCCAAUUGACCAAGCUAGACAAUGAUAUUGAAGAUACACAACGAUCCCAAACGUAUUUUAGUAUCCAGUUCCUUGUGGCAUGUCCGUUUUCCGACAUAACAUUGUUUACAGAAUCCCAGCUUGGUUUUGUUUUCGUUGUUCUUACGUUGUGACACAGUAAAAUUUACAAAAAGGAAUAUCGUGCGAAAUUGAACGAUAAACUUCCCUACAUCAGCAUUCCAAAACAGAUUUUUGGUUGAAAGAUAGCAGCGAAGAAGCAAGAUCGUGAUCUAAGCUAGUCUCAUCCGAUCGUUAUGAAUGCGGAGGGCGAGAAGGACGACACCGAGUGGUACCAGCAGCUGCGGGCACUGGUGAGGGUCUAUGUGUUCGCGUAGGACGUAGCUUAGGUUUCCUGUGAUAUUAGUUUAACCAUGGACUAGUUUGCACAAUAUUGAGUUUACUGGCGAAAACAAUGCACAAAAAUGCCCCCAAACAUGAGAAGAAACCGAUGGAACAAUAGACAAUGAUAGAUACAGGUAGAAUUGUUUUGAGAUUAAGCGUCUGAUACACAAUCGGGUGCCACCAGCUUAGUAGUUAAGCACGGACUCAUACGCAGCGAGUUGAGCAGUCAUUUGUCAUUAACGCCUCUUCCAUAUUAGAGGAAACAUCAAAGCAAUAUCAUCACCAUAGAAGAAUGUGGUCUGGCCGUUAGAUAACGGAUCUGUGUGUGCGCCAGGGCAAACGCAGGAACACAUCCAUCCAUCUCAAAGGCAAAAACCCUUUUUCUAACGUCUUAAAGUUGUCGUUUAAACAAUUUUACUUGAUUGAACCAUUCACUAGGUACAAGAACCUCCAUUAUUCUGUCGCACCACGCAGAUUCUUUCUUAGUUCCUUCAAAUCGAACGGUUGCACGCAAACGAUACCACAAGAAAAUUAUUACCAUACAAAACACUGUGUACAGACCUUCGGUGACCGGUCGUCUUCGAACGAAUAGCGAUUACAUUUGUACAAUUCAAUUUUUAACAAAUUGCAAAUGGUGUGUGAGAAGUACCGAUUUUGAUAUUUGCGGGUUUCAGGUCGAA